CUCCCUUGCUCUUUUUCAUCUUCCUUAUCACAAUUUUAAUUACUAUUCUUCACUGGUAAUUUCUUUUUUUUACCAUAUUCUUUUUACAUCUUCUUUCUCUUUUUUGGGUAUCCUGAAACUCAUUCUAAAAGAGUAUUGAGACUCCGAUCGAGAACGUUCUUUCGUUCAAAGCAGAGAGGUUUCAGGCGAAGAACAAGAAAGGAGAAGAUAACGAAGACGAAGACGAUCUUAGAAUCUUCUCAAUCCAAGAAAAGUUUCAGAUUUACGUUGAUGUUGAAGUAGAAAUGUUCAUAGAGUGAGAAAGAAGCUGCAAAGUCUGAUCUAAAGUUUCGAAGGAGCAAUUAACGUUCGAAGGAGCGAAGAGAAAUGGCAUCCUCGUCCAAUUCUCCGUGCGCCGCGUGCAAGUUUCUUCGGCGGAAGUGCACACAAGAAUGCGUAUUUGCCCCAUAUUUCCCACCGGACCAGCCGACAAAGUUUGCGAACGUGCACAAGGUUUUCGGUGCAAGCAAUGUUGCUAAGAUCCUCAAUGAGCUGAACCCGACGCAAAGAGAAGACGCCGUGAACUCACUGGCCUAUGAGGCAGAUGCGAGGCUUCGCGAUCCCGUUUACGGCUGUGUCGGUUUAAUCUCAAUCCUACAACAAAGGCUGAGGCAGGUUCAAUUUGAUCUGACUAAUGCCAAGAAGGAACUCGUUGGCUACAUGGGGCCAUCAGCGAUGCUCCCUCUCAGCCAUCAACACCAACACCACCAGUUUCUGUAUCAACAACUACAACAGAAUCCAUCUUCCAAUAUGGGACCCUACGGAAUUUCCCCGGUUGGUAUGGGUGUGCCUCAGUCGGCACAAGCGCAAGCACAGGCACAGCUAUUAAUGAGGGAACAACAGCAGCAGCAGCAGCAGAUGCUGGAGGCACAACAUUUAGCCGCAGUUGUAGCUGCUAGAGAGCAACAUGAGAUGAUGAGGAACUACGCGCAGCAACAGCAACAACAGCAGGAGCUUGUCAGGUUCGAUGGUGGCUUUGAUGGGAAUGCCGGGGCUGGUGGGGGAGAUGGUAUUGAGUUUAAUCAGUUGAGCGCGGGUUUUUCUUCUUCCUUGGCUUUGGUUCCAUUCGACAAUUCAUUUCAGCUGCAAGAACCGGAACAAGAGCAUCCGCAUCAGCAUCAACAACAACAACAACAACAUCAACUCUCGCAGCAGAGAACUUUGAGCGAUGAGGUUAAAAGCGUUCAUCCGUCUUCUUAAUUUUUGUUUUCCUCUCGCCACUCGUUCUCUGCCUGCCAUUGCUUUUCCUUUGAUCUCGGUUCAUUGGGGCCAAUAUUCUUAAUCAAAGACAAAUUAAGAGUUAGAAGCGUCUGAAAGGAGGAAGAAAAAGCAUCAUUUUUGGAGUAUUAAAACUUCCCUUCCCCUCUUAAAUCUCUCUAUUUGAUUGACCCAGCUGAAGAAUGAAUAGUAUUAAUUUCAAGAGAGAGAGAGAGAGCAUUAACAAAAGAGAGACAAAGACCAUAGCGUCUAUCUCCAUCUCUGGUUAUUAUUUUUCUAUUCAAUUCUCUCUCUCUCUCUCUCUCUCUCUCUCUCCCUCUCUCCCUCUCUCCCUUCUACUUAACGUCACCGGCAGCUUUCUUUUUCCUUUAUUUUUGUUAAUUUUCCUCCCCAUCUUCUCAUAUAUUAUAUAUAUAUAUAGUAUAAACAAAUAAUUAGUUGUUACUAUGGUUUGAAUGUUUGAUUUUUAGUCUCAACUAUCAUAUUGAACUCCA